ACUAGGGGAUAAGAACUGCACCGCGCGGGACUAGUCGCCGGCGGCGCCUGACAGAGCAGAAGAGACAGCAUGGAGUUGGAGAGCAUCGUCAGUUCCGCCCUCCUUGCCUUUGUGCAGACACACCUCUCGGAGGCCGAUGUCAGUGGCUUGGAUGAGGUCAUCUUCUCCUAUGUGCUGGGGGUCCUGGAGGACCUGGGCCCCUCAGGCCCCUCAGAGGAGAACUUUGAUAUGGAUGCCUUCACAGAGAUGAUGGAGGCUUAUGUGCCUGGCUUCGCCCACAUCCCCAGGGGCAUGAUAGAGGACAUGAUGCAACAGCUGUCAUCGCAGCUGAGUGAUGCUAGGAACAAAGAGACCCUGAGGCAACCUGAAAAGCUCAGAGAAGAGACCAGAUCUCCUGCUGCUACUGGGGACACCCAGCAUGAGGCAGCUGGUUCUGAGGAAGAACUUCUUCCGGGAGUAGAUGUCCUCUUGGAGGUAUUCCCUACCUGUUCUGUGGAGCAGGCCCAGUGGGUGUUGGCCAAAGCUCGGGGGGACUUGGAAGAAGCAGUGCAGAUGCUCACAGAGGGCAAGGAAGAGGGGCCUCCCGGCUGGGACGGCACGAGUCAGGACUUGNCCUUCAUCCUUCAGAAGUACAUGAUGGUGGACAGUGCAGAGGACCAGAAGAUUCACCGACCCAUGGCUCCCAAGGAGGCCCCCAAAAAGCUGAUCCGAUAUAUUGACAACCAAGUCGUGAGCACCAAAGGGGAGCGGUUCAAAGACAUGCAGAACCCCGAGGCUGAGGAGAUGAAGGCCACAUACAUCAACCUCAAGCCAGCCAGAAAGUACCGCUUCCACUGAGGCCCUGUCUGGACUCUGCCGAGCCUUCCAGAUCCCAGAGGGAUGCAGCCUCCCGUCCAUCCCACUGCCCCUUCUCUAUUUCCUUGCUCUAGUGUUAAUCUAUUCUUGGAGCUGCCUUCAUGAGCACAGUAAAGG